AUGAUGGGUGUUUAUGCAAUCGUGUUAAUUAUCUCUUCUAUUCUACUUGUCUUUGUGAAGGAGACCAGCGCUGGUGCAGUUUACGAAGUGGAAGGGUUGGAUGACGCCUACUCCUCAUCAAUGUCUGCAGACCAAUUGCCUUCGCCAUCCGCAAGAUUCUCUGUAUUUAUAGGUGAAUUUUUGAGUGCCUUAUGUCUAAUAAACACCAAGCUGAGUGUAUUUCUAGAAUAUUUCAAGCCGUAA